AUGGACAACUUCCACUUCAGUAUGGCCUACAGUUUUAUCGGUCAGUCCCGACGGGAGGGGAGUGCAGCCAGUAUAAACACUAGGGCCAGUCUUGAGCGUGCGCAUACGAUGAGUGUGGUGCGUGAACUGAAGCGGUCGUCUAAAGCACCACCAUUACCGCGCGGAAAGGACUACCAUGUGUUCUUCUGUUUUCAUCUUGGACUUCCGGACAAAGACUGGGUCAAAGUUGUGUCAAGAGAACUGGAAUAUCUUGGCUAUAAGUGCUGUGUUUUCGAAAGAGAUUUUGAACCGGGGAUUUCAAUAUCUGCCAACGUAAAGAAUGCGCUGGAAAGGUCUAUCAGGACAAUUGUCGUAUUGUCGUCAUCUUACAUUGAUAAUGAAUGGCGUCAGAUGGAACUCGAAUCAAUGGCACACGGAGCGGAAAAAAUCAGUUUUGUCCCCAUUCUGAUAGAACCAUGUGGUAUUCCGCCAUUUUUGAAAUACUUUCAGUACAUUAAUGCGACAGGCGCCAAGGAGACAUGGUGGUGCCACCUAGUAGAUACUCUCAGAGGCUCGGCGCCAACACUACCACCACGAAAAAGAUACCAUGUCCUGUUUGCACAUAAUAUGGCUGACACAGCAUGGGUGUCAAAGAUUGUAAAGACUUUGGAAUCUCCAAGCGUGGGAUUGAUCUGUUGUUAUCCAGGCAGAGACUUCAAACCGGGUUCACCGAUCAUUGAAAAUGUUGAUCAUGCUAUCAAACGAUCCGUAAAAAUCGUUUUGGUUUUGUCACAAAAUUUUCUAGGCUUAGAAUGGAAAAAGUAUUACGAUGGACGGAUGAGAGGUAAACGCCCGAUUCCAAUUCUGUUAAACGAUUGUGAACUCCCGCCAUCUCUCGAAGAUAUCGUCUGUAUUGACACCCAGUCUGAUAAGGACCUCUGGUGGCCAGUCUUCCUCGGUGCUCUCAAGGAAGAAGAUCCUGUUAAUGAUGACGCUGUGUCCAGUAGCAGCAAGUCCGUUGUAUCUAGACAAACAGGUAACGUGAGGGGGUUAGGGCAUGUCGGGUCGUUAAAAUAA